GGGCGGGGUGUGUGACGUCAGGUCGUUUAAUCCGGAAACGGCGACGGCGGAGGCGAUAGAACGGAGGGGCUGUCGGUGGGCGCGCCCGAGAUCCGAACGAGAGGCCCGGAAGCGGAAGCGGGUCCCUGUCCCAGCUCCGCUAGGGAUUGCCCUUGUCCCAGGCCCCCCAGCGGGGUCCUGCUACCAUGGACCUGUUGUUUGGGCGCCGGAAGACACCGGAGGAGCUACUGCGGCAGAACCAACGGGCCCUGAACCGGGCCAUGAGAGAGUUAGACCGUGAACGACAGAAGCUGGAGACCCAGGAGAAGAAAAUCAUUGCAGACAUCAAGAAGAUGGCCAAGCAGGGCCAGAUGGAUGCCGUGCGCAUCAUGGCCAAGGAUCUGGUGCGCACACGGCGCUACGUGCGCAAGUUUGUGUUGAUGCGGGCCAACAUCCAGGCUGUGUCCCUCAAGAUUCAGACGCUCAAGUCCAACAACUCCAUGGCACAAGCCAUGAAGGGUGUCACCAAGGCCAUGGGCACCAUGAACAGACAGCUCAAGCUGCCCCAGAUCCAGAAAAUCAUGAUGGAGUUUGAGCGGCAGGCAGAGAUAAUGGACAUGAAAGAGGAGAUGAUGAAUGAUGCCAUUGACGAUGCCAUGGGCGACGAAGAAGAUGAAGAGGAGAGUGACGCAGUUGUGUCCCAGGUCCUGGAUGAGCUGGGACUGAGCCUGACGGACGAGCUGUCAAACCUCCCAUCCACUGGAGGCUCACUGAGUGUGGCUGCCAGUGGGAAGAAGGCAGAGGCUGCAGCCUCGGCCUCAGCCCUUGUGGACGCAGAUGCGGACCUGGAGGAACGGCUCAAGAACCUGCGGAGGGACUGACUGCCCCAUGCCACCCCAGGCCAGUGACACCCACUUUCACUUUACCCUGUCUGUAAUAAAAGAUAUUGGACACU